AUGCCCAGGGAUGAGAUCAUACGGAACAUCCGAGUGCUUGAUCACCCUGAAGCUGACGAUGAGGAGAAGAGCCAGGCAGCGCAACUUUUGGCCAGCUUCGCUCAGGGUGGCGAAUGGAUCCAGUCGGAGAUCGCGGAAGAAGGUGGCUUGAUGCCCUUGGUGGCCCUGCUGGAGGGGGGCCCCGAAUCGAAAAGCAAGGCGGCCUUUGCGUUGCGCUGCUUGGCCAAGGACAAUGACAAAGUGGGGAUGGCCAUUGUAGCUUGUGGUGGUCGCGAAGGACUGGAGGCCUUGGCCAACUGUAAGGGUACUGAUGAUGGGAAGGAUCAUGCUCUGGAAGCUUUGAAGUUGUUGCCUGCAGAGUUUUCGGAACCACCCAAGAAGGACUUGGACAAGAUGCGAAAGCAAAUCGAAGAACUUGACAGCAGGACCAGUGACCGAAACAAGGGGAAGGCUGCGAAGGCUUUGGGAGACUUGGCACAGCAAGGUGCUCCGACCCAGCAGGCUAUUGAGGCUGCUGGUGCCCUUGAGCCUCUGGUAGAUCUUCUGAGUUGGGGCGAUCAUUUUGCGAAGAUGAAUGCUGCCUAUGCAUUGCGCUGGUUGGCCUUCAACAACCUCCGGGUGAGUUGGGCCAUGGUGGUGUGUGGUGCCCGGGAACCGCUGCAGAAGUUGGAAAAUGCAGAAGGGGCUGAUGACGAGGUCAGGGACGGGAGGAUAAACGCUGGGGCAGCUUUGAAGUGCUUGCCUGCAUGUUCGGAGGAUGACUUGUACCAGAUCCGCAUGAAGGUCCAAGUGCUGAGAGACCCCAACAGCAGUGAAAACCAGAUGUCGGACGCGGCCAUGGAUUUGGGAGACUUGGCGCUGCACGGUGCUCCAACACAGCUGGCCAUUGAGGCCGCCAAAGCUUUGCCCCUCUUGGUGGCGAUGCUCUACGAGAGCAAGCGUCAAAGUGCUGCUGUUUUCGCUUUACGUUGGUUGGCCACGAACAAUCUCCGGGUCGCCAAAGCCAUUGUGGCCUGCGGUGCCCGGGAACCGCUGACAAACUUGUUGCGCGGUGAUGGCGACGCCCAGGAGACCUUGAAGUUGUUGCCUGACGAUCCAAAAAAGGCUGAGCCAAAGGCGGAGCCAAAGGUUGAGCCAAAGGCUGAGCCAAAGACAUCUGGUGAGUUCAAUCUCAAACAACUGAAGUCUGAAAUGAAGGCUUUAGAGACUGGAAGCAAAACAGUUCAAUGCAAAGCUGCAGAACAGCUGGGAAGUUGGGCAGCCAUGUCAGAUGAGAAGCGAGCUGCGAUCAACAAGGCUGGUGGAUGCGAAGCUCUGGUGGCAUUGGUGGUCUACGGCAGUGAGGAUGCCAAAUGGCACGCUGCCAGGGCCCUCCGAAAUCUGGCCAACCAUGCUGAGGCCAAAGAGAAUAUCUUGAAAGCUGAUGGCAUUGCAAUACUGACCCCCAUUGCGAAGCAUGGCAAGGGCAAAGCAAAAGAAGCAGCCAGUGAAGCUUUGAACUUGCUCUCUUUGCUUGAUUCCGAAGCCAAGCCGCCAGCAGAACCAGCCGCAACUUCCAUCCCAAGUGGUGCGGGAACGAGAGUGGCGAUGUUUUCUGCCAGGUUCGAUGGAGGACCCAUUGAAAAGAAAUUCCGCCAAGUCUUCAAGAUUCUUCGGGACCACCACUACGACGUCUUGAUGGUCGCUGCUGAUGCUGGAGAGAGUUUUGGUGAUUUGACCACCCAAUAUCUUGGGCGACUGAAGAGAGAGGAGGGCACCAUGUUAGCAGUUUGCACCAAGAAUUACGGUGAGAUGACAGACUCCGCCUACUCGGCACAUAAGGAGCUGAAAUUUGCCUUGGACUAUGAGAAGUUUGUGAAAGUUUUGCCACUGAAAGUGGAAGAGACAUACCCACCAGAGCCAGCCGGUGGUCCAAAGCACAAGCAUGACAAGGAUUUUUUAGCCCAAAGCUACAUCCUCAGUGUCUUCAAGCCCUGCGUGGUGUACCUUGAUUGUCAAGGCAAAUCCGAGAGAGACAUUGCGGCUGAGAUUGCCAACUACUUGCAAAAGUAUCCAGCGGACACAUAG